UCUGUUUACUCUGGCCUGGUCGGGGAAGUGUCUUUAGAUAUUGAAUAUUUCUUAAUGGAAGAAGGUCGGAGAAGUUACCACCGCCAAGGUGGUGGCGAUCGUCGUGAUAGUGGUGACAGUUAUGAAGAUUACCAGCAAGGCCAGACUUCUCAUAGAGGUUUUCACGGAAGGUACAAUCGUGGUCCGGAGGAUGCGGCUGCUUCCGACAACUGGUGGGGUGCUAGCGGCUCCCACCACAGAAGGCCGCAGCAGCAGCAGAGUGGUGGUGUUGGUGGUUCAAUUGGAAGAGAGUCUAGGCGGCAGCAACCGAUGGAAAGAGGGUUUUGGCCGCAUCAGAGUGGUAGUAGUGGAUCAAGUGAUGGAGGAUCUUGGCGUCGGCAGCAGAGUGGCAGUGAUGGUAUUACUACGGAAACAGCGUCCUGGCGGCGGCAGCAGAGUGGCGGUGGUGGAACUACGGAGACAGGGUCAUGGCGCCAGCAGAGACCUGGUGGCAGUGGUGAACCAGCGGAAACGGGGUCUUGGCGGCAGCAGAGCCUUGCUGGUGGUGGUGAACCAACAGAAACGCGGCAGCAGAGUAGUGGUGGUGGAGGACUGAUGGGAAGAGAGGCUUCGGCGGAUAGAAAUUGGGGCCCAUCUUCUUGGGGCCCAUCUUCUUCUUCGACAACUUCAUAUCAGAAUCAAAAGCCUUGUCGAUCAUUCCCAGAUCCUGUUCAACUGGAUGUUCCAUUACUGAGGAUUUCAGAUCAGAAACCUCUGUCAUAUCAUCUAGAGAAAACAGAAAACAUAAUUGUGCCUUUGAGAAGGCCUGAUAGCAGAACUUUUGCUACCAGAUCAAUCAGUCUUGUUGCUAAUCAUUUUCCAGUCAAGUUCAAUCCGAGUGGUAUUAUCAUGCAUUAUGCGGUCCAUGCCAAACUGGUUAGUUCUAUUGGACAUAAGCCACUGAAAAGAUCAAUUCCCAAGUCUCUUAUGGGCUUGCUUAAAGAACAGUUAUUCUUUAAUGACCCGAAGAGUUUCCCAAGCGAUUUGGUUGCUUAUGAUGGGGAAAGGAAUAUCUUCAGUGCUGUUCCACUGCCUAGUGGGGAUUUCAAGGUGGAAAUAUCUCAUGGGGAGGAUGUAACUUCUUGCUCAUACAUAGUCACAAUCAAGAAAAUGAAUGAGUUAAAGUUGUCUAGGUUAAAAGAGUACUUAAAUGGAGACCUCUUGUAUAUUCCUCGUGAUAUACUACAUGGUAUGGACUUGGUAAUGAAGGAAAACCCUUCCAAGUAUAGGAUACGUUUAGGUCGAAACUUUUUUUGCAAGAAUUAUCGAGAAGGAGAUGACCUUAAACAUGGGGUUGCAGCAUAUAGAGGCUUCCAACAGAGCCUAAAGCCUACAUCUCAGGGUCUUUCCUUGUGUUUAGAUUACUCAGUUUUGUCAUUUCUCAAGCCUUUGCCAGUUUUAGAAUUCUUAAAGGAGAAUAUCGAAGGGUUUCGAGAAGCUGAUGAUGCUACAAGGAUGAGAAGACAGGUUUUGAAUGCUUUAAAAGGGUUGAAAGUAAGAGUAACUCAUCGUAUUACCAAACAGAAAUUCACUAUAUCUGGUCUCACUGAAAAAGUGGCAGGUGAACUUUGGUUUGACCUUGUAGACGCAGAUCCCCUAGCUCCUCCAAAGAAAAUUAAGAUUGUUGACUUUUUCUGGCAAAAAUAUGAGAAGGCAAUUAGGCAUCUGAAUAUCCCUUGCUUGGAUCUUGGGAACGCCAACAAAAUACAUUAUGUUCCUAUGGAAUUCUGUGUCUUGGUUGUGGGGCAGAGGUAUCCAAAAGAACGUUUGGAUAGAAAAACAGCAUCAUUCUUGAAAAAAUUAUCAUUGGCUCCCCCAGAAGAAAGAAGGAGAACAAUUUGUGACAUGGUACAGGCUAAGGAUGGACCUGAUGGAACUGUUGCUAAAAACUUUCAGAUGGAAAUGGAUUAUAAUAUGACAUCUCUUGAAGGUCGAGUCCUUGGUGCUCCUGUACUAAGGUUGGGUGCUGCUAAUGGCAAUGUAUAUCCUGUAAGAGUUGACCAGGAGAAAUGCAACUGGAACCUUGAUGGGAAAUCUGUGGUGGAAGGAAAACCAAUUGAGCGCUGGGCCUUGAUUGAUUUUACCUUGUCUAGCCGAUGUAAACUGCAGGCAGAAGAGUUUAUUAAGAAUUUGAGGCAUCAUUCUGCAAUACUUGGAAUCCACAUGGAAGAUCCUCUUGUCUGUCACUUCACUGGAAUGCAUGAAUUUUCUUCCAUUGUUAAGAUUGAAGGACUUCUCAGAAUGGUUAUUUCUGAUGCCAGACACAGGAGUGGUUCACAAGGUACACAAUUGCAACUUAUUAUCUGCGUGAUGGCUGGAAAGGAUCCUGGAUAUAAGUAUCUUAAAUGGGUCUCUGAGACAAAAAUUGGUGUAGUGACUCAGUGUUGCUUGUCCCUUCAUGCGAACAAAGGAGAAGACAAAUUUAUGGUAAAUCUGUGUCUCAAGUUGAACGCCAAGCUGGGAGGCAGCAAUGUUGAGCUCAAUGAAAGGUUUCCUCAUUUUGCAGAUGACGAUUACGUUAUGUUCAUUGGGGCUGAUGUGAAUCAUCCUGCAGCACGGAACUCUACAAGUCCAUCAAUAGCCGCAGUUGUGGGCACAAUAAAUUGGCCUGCGGCCAAUCACUAUGCUGCAAGGGUUCAACCCCAAGAUCACCGCAAGGAAAAAAUUAUGAACUUUGGAAGCAUUUGUCGGGAUCUAGUCAGUACUUAUGCCCAGCGCAACAUGGUCAGACCAAAGAAAAUUAUAGUGUUCAGAGAUGGUGUUAGUGAGGGACAGUUUGAUAUGGUGCUGAAUGAAGAGUUGCUUGAUUUGAAACAAGCGAUAUGCGAUGUUCAUUAUCAACCAACAAUUACCCUUGUUGUGGCCCAAAAGAGACACCAAACUCGACUUUUUCUUGACGGCAGGAACAAUGAAGGUGUUACCGGAAAUGUUCCUCCAGGAACUGUUGUGGACACAAAAAUUAUCCAUCCCUUUGAGUUUGACUUCUAUCUCUGUAGUCAUUAUGGAAGCCUUGGGACCAGCAAGCCGACUCACUACAAUGUCCUGUGGGAUGAAAAUGCUUUUGAAACGGACAAGUUGCAGAAGCUCAUAUACCAUUUGUGUUUCACUUUCGCUCGAUGUACUAAACCUGUUUCAUUAGUACCGCCUGUCUAUUAUGCUGAUCUUGUCGCCUACAGGGGACGACUCUUCCAAGAGGUGGUAACAAAGCAAUCUUCUGCGUCUUUAUGGUCAUCUUCUUCAAUAUCAUCAGCAUCUUUGUCAUCUGCUGCUGCUUCAUUUAACCAGAACUUUUACACUCUGCAUCCAGACCUCCAAAACAUUAUGUAUUUUGUUUAGGCAGCUUCAUCAAAGCUGUAAUAUCCUCCAUUAAGCAGUGAACGCCCAGAGAGAAACGUUUAUUGUAGAAAUACCCCAAAUUGCAGAUCUAAUUGCCUUGUCUAAGAUGUUGACAAGGCAGUUUGUGCGUGAAUCUAAGUCUUAUAGUAUUUUUCAUUA